AUGACGAUGAUGGCGCUUCGCUCCGCUCGCACGCGCACGGUCGCCGCCACGGCUGCCGCUCUCUCUCGCACCAGCCUCGCCCAACAGGCGACCCGACACUUGGCCACGAGCGCUGAUGAGUCGGAAGAUGUGCUGGUCGAGGAGCAGGGCCACCUGCGCACGCUCGUGCUGAACCGCCCAAAGGCGCACAACGCCCUUACCUACAACAUGGUCAAGACCAUCUGCGACAAGGCCGAGGAGUGGAACAACGACAACAAGGUCAAGGUUGUGGCCAUGCGCGGCGCUGGUGCCAAGGCCUUCUGCGCCGGUGAGUGUCUGCGCCGUUUUUUCCAUGCACCGGGCGAGCUUGAGGACGACGGGCAGCUUGCACGCGACUUCUUCCAUCAGGAGUACCAGGCCGACUAUGCUCUCGCCACCCUCGCAAAGCCAUACGUCGCAUUCAUGGACGGCUUCACCAUGGGAGGCGGCGUUGGCGUGUCUGUUCACGGCCGCUUCCGUGUUGCAACAGAGAAGACAGUCUUUGCCAUGCCUGAAACAGCAAUCGGCCUGUUCCCGGAUGUUGGCGGCUCGUACUUCCUCCCACGCCUCUCCGGUGGUCUUGGCCUCUACCUCGCCCUCACAGGCGCACGUCUGAAGGGACAGGAUGUGCUGGCUGCCGGUAUUGCCACGCACUUUGUCACCUCCGCCUCCAUCCCAGAGGUCGAGAAGGCCCUCGCAGGUUGGUGCUGUGAUGGCAAGAUUGAUUCCAUCUUCAUGCAGCCCACACUUCAGGAGGUCUUUGAUGCACUCGAGGCGGACUCGUCCGAGUGGGCGAAGAAGCAGCGCGAAACGCUCGCAGAAAUGAGCCCGCUGUCGAUGAUGGUAACAUUCGAGCAGCUGCAGCGCGGAAAGACCAUGGACCUUCGCCGCUGCCUCGAAAUGGAAUACAACAUCUCCCAGCACUGCGUCCACGGCAAUGACUUCUACCAGGGCGUCCGUGGAAAGCUGAUGAAGGGGCCGCCGCCGGAGUGGAAGCACAAGUCCAUCGCGGAUGUGACGCGGGAUGAGGUGGAGGAGUUCUUCCAGCCAACCAGCCGCACCCUCACCCUCUGA